UCCUUAAAGAUUUAAAUAUAAAAUGGCGAAAAAUACCUCUAGUUCAGCGUUUCGGAAAAUAGAUAUUGAUCAAUAUAACGAAGACAACUUUAAAGACGACGAAGCAGAGCAGUCUGUGCCGACCGGCCCCGAUGAAGGAGAAGUUUCCGCUCUGUUGAAUCAAGGCAGAUAUAUUGAUGCUCUACGAGUUGUGUUGAGUAAUGCACCCCUGGGCUCGGCAAACCAGCAGAUCAAGGACAGUGCCUUAGCCUUAACUCUAAAAGUUCUGCUGGCAAUAAAAUCAGCUCAAAUAGAAGAAGCAGUGAGCUGCUUGUCAAGGGAAGAUGUUGACAUCCUGAUGAAGUAUAUCUAUAGGGGAUUUGAAUACCCUUCAGAGGGUUCCAGUGGCCAUCUGUUGCUCUGGCAUGAGAAGGCCUACAAUGUUGGGGGGUCUGGAUCCAUUGUCAGAGUUCUGUCAGACAGAAUGAAAGUGUAAAUCACAAAGGAAUAGAUGAAAUGUACUUUAAUUAUUACCACACGUUAUUAUUAAUCCUUUAUCUUAAUUUGUAAGCCAAAUAAAAAUUUCUUAAUACUUA